GCCAUCGAACGGUUGCCCCAACUCCGCGAAAGCCUGCUCAACCAACUCCUCGAUAGCUUCCAUAUGAUUCGCACCCCCGUUGUCUCGGGAGCGGCGCUCUGGAUUGCCGGCGAGUAUGCACACUCGCUCAAACAGGUGCAGCAGGCCAUGUCUGAAAUUCAACGCGCCAUCGGCGAACUGCCAAUUGUCGAAAGCGAGGCCCGUGCUGCUGCUGCGCUUGCCGCCGGCGAAUUUGAGGCUGCUGCCCCGUCCUCCGCCGAAGCGCCAUCGCUCAGCGCACCCAUGCCCGCCAAGCGUCUGGUUGCGGCUGACGGCACCUACAUUACACAGAGUGCCCUCUCGCAAGCUCGUCCUUCGGCUUCUGCUGGCCCUGUGGGUUCGCGCUCAGACAAGCCGGCCUUGCGUGCCAUGUACCUCGAUGGCGACUACUCUACCGCUCCCAUCCUCGCUUCGACGCUGGUCAAGCUUGCCCUGCGCGCUCGCGAGCUCGCUGCUGCCGAGCCGAACGGCGUCCCUGUUAGCAAUGCGUUCUCUGCUCAAUGUAUGCUCAUUCUCGCCAGUAUUCUGCACUUGGGCCGCUCUGGCUUGGCGACCGCCGAGAUUGACGACGACGUGCACGAACGCCUCAUGGUUUGCGUGCGUGUGCUCGCUGAUCCCGACGAUCCUAUUCUUGCCGGCAUCUUCCGUCGUGACUGCCACCAUGCCUUCUUGGAAAUGCUGCAAGCGCAGCGACAACGCGAAGAGGAAGCCAAGGUUGCCGACUCGAAGAAUAAGAAGGCGGCCAUCCAAGCCGACGACAUGAUUGAGUUCCGACAGCUCAAGCCCAAGGGCGCCAGUGACUUGGGCUCCACAGAGGACGAGUUUGAGGUCUCGUUGCAACGCGCCAAGGGCGCCUCAGAUGGAGCUUCUGCCGAGGGCGAGAGCUCUGCCAGCGCAGUUGACAUGACAAAACUGAGCCGCGUCUUCCAGCUGACGGGCUUCUCGGAUCCCAUCUACGCCGAAGCCUACGUCAACAUCAACCAGUAUGACAUUGUGCUUGAUGUGCUUGUUGUCAACCAGACCAACGACACGCUGCAAAACCUCACCAUCGAGCUCACCACCAUGUCCGAUCUCAAGCUGGGCGAGAAGCCAUCCACGCACACUAUUCGGCCGCACGACUUUUGCACCAUUCGCGCCAGCAUCAAGGUUUCGUCCACAGACACUGGCACCAUUUUCGGCAACGUUGUCUACGACAUUGCUGGCUCUGCUGCUGCCGAUCGCAACUGCGUCGUCUUGAACGAUAUUCAUGUUGAUAUUAUGGACUAUAUCGUGCCCACCAGCUGCUCGGACGAGGAAUUCCGCUCCAUGUGGGCGACCUUUGACUGGGAGAACAGUCUUCCUGUUCUCACUGGUCUGACCUCCCUGACCGACUAUUUGCACUAUUUCGAAAAGAUCACCAACAUGAAGACGCUAACCACCGAUGCCGCUUUGAUGUCCGAUUCCGGCAUUCUUGUUGCCAACCUGGCAGCCAAGAGCUUGUUUGGCGAGGAUGCGCUGGCCAAUCUGUCGAUCGAGCUCACUGGCGAAGGUCGCAUUGUCGGCCGCGUUCGCAUUCGCAGCCGCACACAGGGCAUCGCCGUCGCCCUUGGCAAGAAGUUUACUCUUUCGCAAUCCUCAGUGCCGCUGCCUCCUUCCAAGCCAGCUGCGCCUGCUGAGGUUGCUGCAGAAAAUGAUGGCGAGACUGCCGAGUAA